UGUUACUCCAAUAAUAGUCAUUUGUCAGUAAUGUGCUUUUUGAGUAAGUGACUUAUGUAUUUGCUUAUUUAAAAAGGAACAAUUGAUUGUUAAAAAAGAAUUGCUGUAAAUUUGCAGAAAUAAGCUAAACUUCUAAUUUUGACUAAAAACAGAACAUUGGUCACCAGUUUCUCUUAACAGUAACUUAAUGAGGCAAGAUGCUCAAUUGAAAAUACAUAUAUCCUAAGGCAACUAACUUUUAGCCCCACAUGCAAUUUCAAAGUUGAAGACCAUUCACUCUAAUUGUCCGAGGUUGUAAAAUAUUUAAAGCAGUGGUGAAGCGCCCUCAGCAAACAGCAUUUCAAUUACUGAUAAGCCAUAUUGAGUUCUCUAAAUUCUAAUGAUGAGGAUUCUAAUUGUAGCACUGUCCACUUGUUUACCUGGUAGCAGGUGAGAGUGGUUUAACAUGACAAUUGUUAGCUCCACAAGGGACCCUGGAGCUAAAGUGACUAAUGUUUAACAGAGUAGUGUGUUGUUGAUGAUGAAUCUCCCCAGUAACAGUGCAGCCACACUCAUUUUGGCAUAUUGUACCUUAGGGUGAGGGAAUAAAAUCUCUGCUGCUAUUUAGAAUUUGGGACAGUAAAUUUAUGUUUAUUAUAUAGCAAUCGAUACUUGUGCAUAAAAAUUCUUUGUUAAAUUCUGUUUAUGAAGACAAUUACUUAGUGUGACUGCACUGCUGAUCUUUUGGAAUUUGAGAUAAUGCCAAACAAAGCCCAAGAGGAUGCUGUUAUUAACUUGAAGACACUGCAGGAGAUUUCCAGUCAGCUUGGUUUUGAGUGGACAGUUUUGGCAUAUGAACUUGGCUUCAACAGAACCGAGAUAAGGCGGUUCCACACCAAAUCUACAGAGAAGAGUGUCCAGGCUAGGACCAUGUUGGAAAGCUGGUAUGAGAAGUCAUGGGACAACCCCAAUAAGACUAAGGUGCUGCAGGAUGGACUGGAGCGAGUAGGCAGACGGGAUCUGGCUGAGAGACUACGCUGCCUCCACUGGGGCCACCAGAAGCUGAGCCAAAGGGUUGAGCUGCCUUCUGCCUUUCCUUACCUCAUCACAGUCCACAAGACCAUCCACAACCAAGACGCACUACGCAGGAUCAACGACCUCAACCGUCGAUACAAAUAAAAGCUGGGAGAAAAUGCA